CGACACGGAAGCGAAAUAUGAGUAAAGACAGAUUAGAGAAUACACUUGUGCUUUCUACUUGGGACUAAAUGGACUUUAUGUGUUUCCUAAUGUGAAGCUGGGGCCACAUUCUCUUUAUAUCGUCCUCAUUUUGGUCAUAUUGUGAGUUUAAAACCAAAUGGGAACUAAGUUGAGGUCACCUUCAGUGAAUAGACUGCUUAAACUCCCAGUUGUAACAUAAAGUUCAUGAACAAUGUUUCCUACAAAUGCAAGACAUGUGCACAGGUUGUUAAAGUUCAGACACACAGUGUGGGGCCCCGUUGGAACAGCACCGUGCUCCAGACUGGUUCUGGGCAUCGAGACAAGCUGUGAUGAAACUGGAGCUGCUGUGCUGGACGAGACAGGGGACAUACUGGGAGAGGCUCUACAUUCACAGAAAGAAGUACAUCUGAGGACCGGUGGCAUCAUCCCCACAGUGGCACAGCAGCUCCACAGAGAAAACAUACAGCGUGUGGUCCAGGAGGCUUUGGAGAGGAGCAACGUGGAGCCGAGCCAGCUCUCGGCGGUGGCCACCACGGUGAAGCCGGGCUUGGGCUUGAGUUUGGGCAUCGGCCUUGAGUUCAGUCAGAGGUUUGUGAGGCAGCACGACAAGCCCUUCAUCCCCAUCCACCACAUGGAAGCCCACGCCCUGACCGUCAGGAUGCUCCAACCUGUCGCCUUCCCCUUCCUCGUCCUGCUCGUCUCUGGCGGUCACUCGCUUCUCGCUGUGGCCCGAGGAGUGGACGACUUCUUGCUUUUGGGCCACACUCUGGAUGAAGCUCCAGGGGAUACACUGGAUAAAGUGGCCAGACGUCUGUCCCUCAUUAAACACCCGCAGUGCUCCACACUGAGUGGAGGACAAGCUAUAGAGCUGCUGGCGAAGGACGGAGACAGGACGAGGUUCCCUUUUAAGACACCCAUGGGACGAAUGUACGACUGCUGCUUUUCUUUUGCUGGGAUACGAAAUCAAGUUACAAUGACGAUAAUUAAAAAAGAGAAGGAGGAAGGUGUAGAACAGGGCGCACUGUUAUCAUGUGUGAAUGACAUUGCAGCGGCGACACAGCACACAGUUGCCUCUCAUCUGGCGAAGCGCACACACCGUGCCAUCAUGUUCUGUAAGGCAGCCGGCCUGCUGCCACCAGACAAUCCCACCUUGGUGCUGUCUGGAGGAGUUGCAAGCAAUCAAUAUAUACGCAAGGCUUUAACCAUUAUCACUGAGGCGACAGGACUACACCUGCUCUGUCCUCCGGCAAAAUUCUGCACUGACAACGGAGUGAUGAUUGCAUGGAACGGCGUUGAACGGCUGAGAGAAGGAAAAGGGAUCCUGCCUCCAAACGUGGACGUCUUCUAUGAGCCAAAGGCACCGCUGGGAGUCGACAUGACGGCUGAGGUGAAGGCAGCAGCCAUCAAAGUGCCGUCAGUGAAGAUGAAGAUCCCCAACUGACCAAAAAAAGUGUUUUCCCAUGUUAAAGUAUAUACUGUGUAUAUGCUAUCAAUGUAUAAGCAUAUUAAACAGCUAUUUAUUAAUAAAAGUGUUUUUAUACA